UCAAAACAGGAGUCCAGAAUGGAAAAAUAGAGUGAAAGAGAAGGAGGGGAUAGAGCGAGAGAGAGGUCUGGACAGGGCAAAGGAGGACUGCACUGCCUGAACGAUGACACCAUGAUGUUGAGGACUGGUUCUUAGCCUACUCUAGCGGAAUACCUUUUUAAUUACAUGAAAAAUACUAUUGGCAACAAACAUCGUGAUGAUGCAGCAAGAGCAAAUCUGUUGAAUGUUUAAGUAACUUAAAAGCGGGAUCUUUAACGGAAUAUAGCCUACUUCACCAACAUAUUUUUACGCCACCAAAAUAUUUUUUACGCCUGAUCAGUUAAAUUAUAUAAAUGGAUGGAUUGUAGACCUCCGUUGAACGUCAAAACUGUUUAAAAAGUUGUAUAGAGCUUGGGACUGAUGGAAUUCAGCAUUUGACGUCAAUUGGAUAUAUGUGUCGGCGGGCUAUCCGUGCGGAAAAUGGAGACGUCAUUUAUAUACCUGUCGCUUUUAUUGACACUACCUGGAGUAAGUUGGAGUCUUGGAUCCGCGAAUCCAUCGAGAACCAGUCUUCACGCGGGUCUAAGCCAAUCCCACGCGAGCGCGCAGAAUGGGGGUAGAGUUGCAAGUAGACACAGGAACUGGUGUGCUUAUGUGGUGACACGCACCAUCAGUUGUGUGAUGGAGGAUGGGGUGGAGACGUAUGUCAAGCCAGAAUACCAGCGCUGUGCCUGGGGUCAGUGUUCCAGGGUGACGACGUAUCGGACCUACAGGAGACCCAGGUACAAGGUGGCCUACAAAAUGGUAACAGAAAUGGAGUGGAAGUGUUGCCACGGUUACUCGGGUGACGACUGCAGUGUGGGGUCGACAGAGGUCACUGCAGGAAGACCCCAAGUCACUCAGACAGGCUACAACACAGGAAGUGGUCAAAGGGGAGGAGAGAGGGGAGGAGAGGGAGACAAUGACAAGAUGAGGCAACUUGAGGAGAAGAUCCAGAGGCUCACCAAGGACCUCCACGACAUGCAGUCCACCAUGCAUGGCAUGAACCGAAGGCUGCACGAGGACUCCAGCCGGUCAGGUGUGAAUGGAGGCCGCACCCCCGCAGACGCAGCCCAGCCCCACAUGAAGGAGACCAUCACCAGCAUCCAGACCAGGCUGGACCAGCUGUACAACCGCACCCAGGUCCACGACCAGACCCUCCACAACAUCAACAACCACUUGGUCAACGGCAACGAGCUGGAUGGUGUCGCCAAAGGUGGAGGUGGUAGUCAGCUGGACACACUGAAGGAAAAGAUCCUGCGGGAGCUGGAGAGGAGGGUGUCCCUGUCCUGCUCGUCCUGCCAGGCAGGCGUGGAGGACCUGAGAAGGCAGCAGGAGGAGGACCGGGACAGGAUCCGGGCCCUGGAGAAGCUCCUGAGCUCCUUGGACCAUCACUUCCGCCAGAGCCUGGAGAUCAGCCGCAGGGAGACAGAGAAAGUCCAGGGCUGCUGCAGCUCCCUGGAAGACCUGGGGACACGGAUGGGCAUCCUGGAGGUCAAAGUGAGCGCCACAGCGGAAGGGUGUGAUGUCAUCAAAGGGCGGCUGGACAAGGAGCUGUUUGGAGGGGGAGGAGGAGGAGGAGGAGGAGGGGGAGGGAGAGGGAAACCGACUGAGGAGAGGUUGAACGGGCGUCUGAGGGAGUUGGAAAAGAGGCUGAACAACACGAUGAGGAAGACGGAGCAGAAAUGUGCCAACACUGGAAACAACAUGAAGGAAAACCUCCAGAGAGAAGUCACCCAGAUACGCAACACGGUCUUCGGCGGCAUGGACGACCACAGCUUCAAAAUAGGCAAGAUAGAGCUGGACCUGUCUGUCUUAGGAGACACAGUCACAGACCACAGCAGACGUCUCAGCCAUCUGGAGAACGUCACUACAGUCAUGGACAGGAAGCUAACAUCCACCACCAACCUGUGCACAGAGUCCUGUGGGCCGGGCGGAAAGGGCAGUAAGACAGAUGACACUGUCAAAACCCUGGAGUGGAUGGUCAUCGCUAACAAGGACGACAUCCAGAAGUUUGACACCAAACUGCAUGACCUGUCAGUGACCGGAGACUCUCUUUUGGACAGAGUGAUGGACCUCACCCAGGAUGUCAGGAGGAUCAAAGACGUCACAGGAGAGGACGGAGAACGCUUCAACCGGAUUGUGACAGAGGUGGAGACGCUGGGACGCGGGCUGGACGACUGUUCGGUCUGUUCCUCCGUGGAGGGCGACCUUCGCUCGUUCACCAACGCCACCAACAGCGCCCUCAAAAGGUGGGGGGUGGAACUGACCGACCUGCGAAGGAGGGUGGACUCGGAUGAGACGGCCUGCUCUCAGGUGUGCUCCAACCUGCAGGAGGAGGUGGGGAGGCUGAGAGACGACGUGGAGGAGUGCACGGGGCAGUGCAAGAACGGCUUGACGGAUCUGAGGGAACAUCUGGAAGGCCACAGCGUUUACAACGGCAGGCUGGGGGGAGACCUGAAGUCUCUGCAGGGAGAGCUGUCGGGGGUCAUGGUCACGUUCAGCUCCAUCAACAACACCUUGAAGGGACUGGGCCGCACCGUGCAGAGACACGGGAAAACGCUCACGGAUCUCAGCAACGACAAGGACAACAUCAUCUCAGAGGUGGAAAAGGUGCAAAGGGACUUGAAGGAGCACAUUGAGAACAGCAGGGGGCGCUUUGGCAGCCUGGGCAAGGAGAUCCAGCUGAUCACCAGCAACUACGUGACCGAGGUGGGAGAGUGCAGGCGGGCCGGGGAGGGCCUGGACAAGAGGCUGUCCAAGAUGGAGGGCAUGUGUGGCCGGCUGGACUCUGUAUCUGACAGCCUGCAGAAGAUCAAGGAGGGGCUGAGCAGGCACGUGACAGGCCUCUGGAACUGUGUCAACGGGCUGAACGCUACGGUCCUGACCCACGGAGAUGCUAUCGAGAACAUCCAGAAUGUCCAGCUGGAGAACGUCCACGAGAACAUCCACAGGCUGAACUCCUCUGUGGUCAACAUGCUUGAGGAGUUCUACAGCUUCAGGGAACAGGACUUUGAGGGCCCACCUGGUCUCCCAGGGCCCCAGGGUGAGAGGGGCUUCCCGGGACCCAAAGGGCCCCAGGGACGGGAAGGGCCUCCAGGCAAGCAGGGCAAGGCAGGCCCAGUGGGACCCCCAGGUCUCAGAGGGGAAGAAGGGUCUGCAGGCUCGGACGCCCGAGUGCCACGUCUGUCCUUCUCUGCCGCUCUAACACGUCCUAUGGGCAACGCGGGGACCAUCGUUUUCAACAAGGCGUUCGUCAACGAGAAGGAUGUCUACAACCCACGGACAGGGUACUUCACUGCUCCAGUGAGUGGAAAGUACUUCUUCAGUGCCACGCUGACUGGCCACAAGAACGUGAAGAUCGAGGCGGUCCUGUCCAAGUCCAACUACGGCAUGGCUCGCGCAGACUCGGCGGGAUACCAACCGGAGGGUCUGGAGAAGCCCAUGGCGGAGGCCAGGCUCACCCCAGGGGCCCUGGCCGUCUUCAACAUCAUCCUGCCCAUGAACGUAGGAGACACGGUCUGCAUUGACCUGGUCACCGGCAAACUGGCCCACUCAGUGGAACCCCUCACCAUCUUCAGUGGAAUGCUGCUGUAUGAGACUGUGUGAUCGGACGGGAGGUCGUGUGAAGCUGUCUGACAGCGGUGUAUCAGUGCUGGGUGUCUUUUGUUUGACCGAUAUAUGGAGAUGGAAGGAAAUUGGGAUGUGCUGUAUGUGUGUGUUUUGUAUAGAGAGAUUGGUUCAGUACUGUAGGGGUUUGAGAGACACUAAGUGUUCCAUUUGAGUAGGAACAAAAUAUUAAAUGUUUCCUUUUUUGAAUUUUAUAGAUUUUAUUUUACAGCCUUAAGAAAAGGAAAAGAGUCAUCGGAGCUGAGAGCCAUUUUAUGUUUUUGUCUUUUACAUUCAUUUCUUUUGGAAAGAGAAGCCACUGCAGGGUUUUUCAUUAACUCAACAAUUGUAUGCAACACUAUACACUUGAAUGUUAUUUUGGUAAGCUGGCCUCGAGGUCCCACUUAUACUUAAAUCUUAAAAGGAAAAUAUUUUUGAAGGAUCAUGAAGGAUGAAAACAAUAUUUGUAUUAUAUAAUAUGCCCACGGAUUAUGACUGGUAUAGUUAAGAGGUUAUUGCACAUAUUUCUACAGUAUUUCAAUGUUUUCUCUUUUGUCAUUUGUAUUUUCCUUACUUUAGAAUAAAAACAAUGUCAGGUUUAGUGAGCAAUAUAGCAGUAUUUUCUGCAAAGAUGAAAGUGAAGUUACUAAGGUUCUGCCUGCCAGUUCAAAGUCGAUUUAUCAAUCCCAUUUUAGGAACAUUCCAUUGAGGGCUGCCCAAGGACACAGGGGCAAAGACAAAGGGAGGAGAGGGGAUUUUCUUUGGAAUCACUGAUUAUACUGGGUCAUAUAAACUUUGUAGAGGAUCAACCAACCAUGUUAGCCAUCUUCUUUCAGAUCCACUGACAAGAAAAUUCAUAUUUACAGCCUCAGAUAAGGAGUAACUGGGCUACACGUCACCUUAGUGUCUUCGCCAAGAUUAGCUGCUUCCUGUGUUCUUAGUGGUCUAAUAACUUUGCCUUCCUCAGAAUUAAAGAAUUUUCAGUUUAAUUUUUCACAGGCCACCACACAGCACAAUCUGGUUGUAUUCACUUUAUCUGUCAGUGCUACAACAGGGAAUUAUAAGAGUUUAGGUUGUACUUUGUUUUUGUCACUAUGCCAGAAAAGGUACCUACAUUUCCAGGAUAUCGUCAGUAACACAACAUUUAACUUGCUUAUGUGUUGUGUCAAUGCAAUUUUGUAAUAAUAUUUUCUAUACAUUUACAACAUCCAUAGAAUGUAAAUAUUUUGUAUAAUGUUGUCAUAAUAGUAUGUCUCAUGACUUAACACAGUGUUUAUUUGUAUUAGGUAUGUUUGCCACGUGUCUAAUACAGAUACUACGUUUUCCACUG